AUGCAUCAUCCCCCAACGACAACGACGUCGUCGUUCAGGUCCCUCCCCAGCUUCAUCAAUCAGCUAAACGACACUACAACCGUAGGAAACGAAAUAUGUGGCCUUCUCUAUAAAUGGGUCAAUUACGCCCGAGGGUGGCGCCCUCGUUGGUUCAUCCUCCACGACGGCGUUCUCUCUUAUUACAACCGCGAAAUCGUCCACUCCGCCUCCAAGGUCAUCGGCUUCCGCCGCAUCGACGCCGCCACACAUAGCGAUUCUACUCUCACCCACCGCAAACCCCUCGGUCAAGUCCACCUCAUGGUGUGUUCCGUACGAGAGCACAAGUCAAAUGAAAAGAGGUUCUGUGUGUAUACCGGAAUGAAGAAGAGGCUCCAUUUGAGGGCGGAGACCAAGGAGGAUAGGGACACGUGGGUGGAGGCCAUGCUCUCCGUCAAGGACGUGUUUCCUCGUACGUCCAACUCCAUUGCAGAGUCAAUCUCAGAAGCAGAGUCAAUGGUGAUUUCCACACACAGGUUGAGGCAGCGUUUGUUAGAAGAGGGUGUGAGCGAAGCUACUAUUCAGGAAAGUGAGAACAUCAUGAGAAGCGAGAUAUCUCACGUUCUCAGCCACAACCACUUCAAUCUAAACCUAAUUGACACGACAGAGAGGGUUGAUCAGGUUGAAAGCCAAAGGCAACAUUAUUUAAAGGAUGAUGGGGAGUCCUUUAUAUCAAUGCUUGAGAAUGAUAGUGAAGGAAGUGCUAGUGAUUCUACUCAUGAAAACAACCACGAUGCAUUCUUUGAUACAUGUGAUAUUCUUUCAACAUGUUCUGGCAGAAGCAAUGGAUCUCAUCAGUACCAGAGAUCCUGCAUUGAUUUUGAAUGUGGGGAGAGUAGUACUAAUGGUGAAUAUGAAGGAAAGUCGUUCAAUGGAUCUAAUUAUCCUCAUGUCAGACGACGAAAGAAGUUGCCUGAUCCUGUUGAGAAAGAAAAAGGAGUCAGCCUCUGGUCAAUAAUAAAAGAUAACAUCGGAAAGGAUCUUACAAAUAUUUGUCUUCCUGUUUAUUUCAAUGAGCCCAUCUCCUCAUUGCAGAAAUGUUUUGAAGAUUUGGAGUAUUCUUACCUUCUUGACCAAGCAUAUGCAUGUGGUAAAAUGGGUAACAGUCUUAUGAGGAUGCUACAUGUGGCUGCAUUUGCAGUUUCAGGUUAUGCUUGCACUGAUAAGAGGAGUUGUAAACCAUUCAAUCCAUUGUUGGGUGAGACAUACGAGGCAGAUUAUCCAGACAAAGGCAUUCGCUUUAUAUCCGAGAAGGUCAGUCAUCAUCCAAUGAUUUUAGCAUGCCAUUGUGAGGGCAAGGGAUGGAAAUUUUGGGGUGACAGCAAUUUAAAAAGCAAAUUCUGGGGUCGUUCAAUUCAUAUUGAUCCCGUUGGUGUAUUAACUUUGGAGUUUGAUGAUGGAGAAGUCUUUCGGUGGAGUAAGGUAUCAACGGCAAUUUACAACCUCAUUUUAGGAAAAAUCUACUGUGAUCAUUAUGGUACAAUGAGAAUAGAGGGGAAUCGUGAGUAUUCAUGCAAGAUUAAAUUCAAGGAGCAGUCAAUCAUUGAUAAAAAUCCUCACCAGGUGCACGGGGUAGUGGAAGAUACGAAAGGUAAAGUAGUAGCAAGUCUAUGUGGAAAUUGGGAUGAGAGCUUGCAUUAUACAAUUAUUGAGAAUUCUGGGAAAGGAAAACGGUCCAAUGUGUCAUCAAAAGCACGUCAGCUGUGGAAGCGAAGCGAGCCAUCCGAUUACCCCACAAGAUAUAACCUUACACAGUUUGCUAUUACACUAAAUGAAAUCACACCUAUACUCAGGGAGAAGUUGCCACCAACAGAUUCAAGGCUGAGACCUGAUCAAAGGUGUUUGGAGAAUGGAGAGUAUGAAAAGGCCAAUGCUGAGAAGUUGCAUUUGGAACAAAGACAGCGGCAGGCAAGGAAGAUACAAGAGAAAGGUUGGAAGCCAAGGUGGUUUGCUAUGGACAAAGACAGCCAUACUUAUUGUUAUGUAGGCGGAUACUGGGAGGCUAGGGAAAAAGGGAACUGGGAAUCUUGCUCUGACAUUUUUGGCCAACUCCCUACUGAGACUGAUACUGAUUUUGACCCGACAAACUAA